AUGAAGAAUAAAUCCAUAAGGAAAGAAAGACAAAGUGGAGAAACAUUAGAAGAUAAUAUUGAAGAAAUAAAUUAUUGUAUUAAAGUUAUUCCAAAGGACAAAAUAAAUAGUAAAGGGAAUGGUGCUAUAAGGUUAAGCAACUUAGAUAUGAAUAGAAGUAAUAAUGGUAACUAUUAUAAUCAAAAUAAUAAUGUAGAAAAUAUAAAUGAUUUUGAAACAGAAUGUCGUAAUUAUAUUGAAGAUAUAUUAAAAAUUGAUGAAUAUGUUAAACUCCCCAAUAGUAUUAAUAAUGAACAAGAUAAAAUAAAAUGGAAAAAAGCUCAUUCUCUAAGAAAUAGAAUGAAGGAAUAUGAUUUGAUUACAAGAACAAGAUUAUAUCAAAGUAAUUCAGUUAAUAAUAAAGCAAAAUUAAAUAGAGAAAGAUAUAUAAUAUUAAAUAAAAUACCUAGAUAUAGAGAAGCAUUUCCUUCCAUUAUGAAUAAUACUUCAACAGAUAAGAUUAAAGAAGAUAUUAUACGUACAUAUCUUAAAACACAUGCAGCUUAUUUCUUGUCACAAAAUAAAAAAAAUAGUAAUUUAAGUCUGAAAAAUAUGGGAAGAAAUACCUAUUUUUCAUUUAGAAAAAAAUCAGAUGAUAGAAAUAAUUCCUUAAUAAAUUAUAAUAAGCAUAUGAAUGAUAAAUCAAAAAGUGUAGAACAUAAUAAUUGCCCCAAUCUAAAAAAAAAAGAUCGAUCAUAUAAUUUAUGGAAAAGAAUAACUGUUGAUGAUAUAAAGAAUACACAUUUUACUCCUACUGAGAAACAAUAUUUAAAAGAUUAUAAUAUAUUUUUAAAUGAUGCAUUUAAUAAUUUUAAAAUAAAUCAAAAUAAUAAUAAAAGACAACUUAAUGUAAAAAAUCAGAAAAAUAUUCCUAAUUAUGAUAUGAUUAAUAAUAAAAUAUAUGGACAUAUUAAAAAUAAUGCAAACAACAACUUAUAUAUUAAUAAUCAAAAAAGAGAAGAUGCUUAUAUAAUUAAUCCUUCACAAAAUAAUAUAAUUACAUCACCUAACGAAGAACAAUAUCCAUAUUUUAAUAAUUAUUCUUAUUCGGAUAAGAACAAAAAUUUAAGCACAUAUAAUACUGAAGGAAAGAGAAACAUAUAUACAAAUGAUGUAAAAAGUAAUACAAAUUAUCAACAUUCUAAUAACUCAAAUUAUUCUGAUGAAUCUUUAAAUAUGUUUUCUAACUCUUCAACAAGUAUAUAUGAAAAAUAUAAUCUAAAGGACAAAAACUUUGUUUUGAAAAGAGAUAGAUAUGCUUUAUUGGGAAAAAUUAAAAACAAUAAGGAAAUAGAAGUUAAAUUGGUUUUAAAUAAGGUUUGA